UGCCACCAUAUCCGCCUAGCGGUAAUAUUGGAGUUGGUUAUCCAACAGCAUACGGCCAAUGCGUUAGCGAGUACCAUUCGAUGUCUGAAUGGUGGUGCUCAUAUUGGGCAGUGUCGUAUCGAUGAUGACGCCAUUUGUAUGGCCCUCGGUGGUAGCUGUAUCAAGAGAGCAUGCUGUACGACACCAUAUUUCGGACUCACCACAACUACAGUCCCGCCAGAAGUCGACGGAGAGGCAACGAGAAAAGAUACCGAGCUUCGCACAAUCGCACCAAUAGUGGAAGGAACUGUUGAGCGAAAGGUCAACGUGUUAGAAAUCGAAGAACUGAUCCGUAUUGUGGAGAGUCUGAAGAGUAGCACCGUCCAAAGUAUAGAAGAAAAGCAGAGCAUUAAGCUCUGCCUGUCUGGUCAACUCUCGAAUGGAGUAUGUGCUACGGACGAUGACUGCCCUUCUUUACACCUGUGUGAAGAGGAACGAUGUUGUUAUAUUAAAUAA